AAUGGACUCGAAUGACAGAAGGAGACGCACAAUGGAGCGGAGUACACGCGGAUGAAAGGCUUUUCUGUGUUAUGAGCAGCUUUCUCCGUUUGUGAGAACAGACCCAGCCAGCGGAAUUAACUCGUGGUCCAGUUUGACUUCUUUAUUUUUGCAGUCAAAGAAACUGCAGCCGGACUUUCAGCCUGGGAAAAGAGGUCAUCAUGCCUCCCACAACUCCAUAUGCCGGAAAGUUCAGCUCCUGCGGCCUCUACACCAACAACAACAACUAUUCUGAGCCGCACAGUCCGUACCACAGUGGUUGUCCCGCAAAGCUGACCAAGGAGAACGCUUACAACGGCACCUAUUCGGCUACAGAAAACCCCUACGAUAAGCCACCUUCCCGCAAUGUAUAUCGCAGCUCCUCUGUGGGAUCGUCCUCAUCAAAAGAGCACCAUUACAACGCGGUCUCUGAGAAUCCAUACUCUCCACCGCCUCCCCGUAGCCCUCGCCAGCACUGCUCCUCAUGUCCCGCUCGCACACACCGCCAAACAUCAGGCAGUAGCGGCGGCAGCAGCAGCGAGCAGUCCUGUCGAAGCAACGUAGCUGCCGUCAAAUCAAGACAGUUUGGUCACGGCAUCACUGCUAGCUACGGAGAGAUGUGCUACCACGACAAUAGUUUGGUUUCAGCGUCUCUUGAAGCUCUGAUUCAGCACCUGGUCCCCACGGUUGACUACUACCCAGAUAGGUCGUAUGUCUUCACAUUCCUGCUGAGCUCACGUCUCUUCCUGCACCCGUAUGAGCUCAUGACCCGGGUUUGUCACCUGUGCGUGGAGCAGCAACGAUCAGGAGACGCCCUGCUGGAUAAGAUCCGCUUCCGUGAGGUGGCACCAAAGCUUGUUCAGCUGUUGACCGAGUGGACGGAGACAUUCCCUUACGACUUCAGGGAUGAGAGAAUGAUGCGCUGCCUCAAGGAUAUGACACACCACGUUGCCAGAGGAGACGAGUUCUCCUGGAGAGCCAUGCAGCAGAUGACCCAGCGCUUGAUCAAACGUCUGUCGGCCCUCGGCCAAUAUGAGGAGGCAGUGGCGGCUCUGAACGCCGUGGCGACAGAGCGUCCAGCUUCCCUAAAAAACAAACAGACAUCAGGCCAGCGAAGCGACAUACUGAGUGUGUGCGAUGAUCCUUUUUUCCUCGCUCAGCAACUCACGCAUGUUGAGCUGGACAGACUGAGCUUCAUCGGGCCGGAGGAGUUCAUCCAAACAUUUGCAAUGAAGGAUCCGCUGGAAAACAACAAGGGUUUCUUUCGAAAGCGUAAAACCAGCAACCUGGAGGCUUAUGUGAACUGGUUCAACAGACUCAGCUACUUCGUGGCAACAGAAAUCUGCACGCCGGUGAAGAAGAAACACAGAGCUCGCAUCAUUGAAUUCUUCAUCGACGUGGCGCAGGAGUGCUUUAACAUCGGCAACUUCAACUCCCUGAUGGCCAUCAUCACUGGAAUGAACAUGAGUCCUGUUGCUAGACUGAAGAAAACCUGGAGUAAGGUCAACACCGACAAGUUUGAGAUCCUGGAGCACCAGAUGGAUCCGUCCAGUAACUUCAGCAACUAUCGAACAGCGCUCCGUGGAGCCAACCAGCGGUCCGAGACGGCCCACAGCAUUCAAGAGAAGAUUGUUAUUCCUUUCUUCAGUCUUCUGAUCAAAGACAUCUACUUCCUAAAUGAGGGCUGCGCCAGCCGGCUGCCCAAUGGUCACAUCAACUUUGAGAAACUUUGGGAGCUGGCGAAACAGGUCAGCGAGUUCCUGGUGUGGCGUCAGGUGGUCUGUCCGUUUGAAAGAGAUCGCAGAAUACUGCAGUAUCUUGUCACCACCCCGAUCUUCACUGAAGAUGAGCUUCACCUUGCUUCCUAUGAGAGUGAAGGACCGGAGAACAACAUGGAGAAGGACAGUCGCAGAUCUCUGAGGUCUUCUCUCUUGCAUCGAGAGAAUCGCUCCUGAGGCGACAGUGCUGUCCUGAGAGUGAUCUUCUUAAACUCAUGUAUAAUCCCAAACAUUCCAGCUGGACACUUAUUGCAGCUGCAACCGUCUUCUAACCGUGGAUAAUCAAACAAUGGUCGACUCUACAAACCUUCCUGUGUUUUUUUCUACGACACUCCAUCAUACUGAGGAAUGACGAACAAACUUUGCUGGCAGCUUUUGCUACUGAUACUUUCAACAUGAGCGCUUCUUGUAUUUCAUGUCUCCAUCCGGAAUCUGUAAAAAACACCCCAUGAACUGUUUUUUUUUUUUGGUGUUUCUGCAUUGAGUAUUUUGUCUUCGAUGCAGCAGAACAAAACUACAAAUUUGACAAACAACUGCACCAAUUUGCUGGGUGUGAUGAACUGUGCCGUGAUGAAGCUGCAGCAUCAAGCUAUAUAAGUCAAACGCACUUGUCCUUUUGCAGACUGGACUCCUCUUUCAGGCGGUCUUGCUGAACUACAGUAUUAGAUAUUCUCAAAAAUGUUGUGUGAAGUCAAAGCACGAGCUUGUUGCUGGUUGGCUUGCUCUGUGUCAGCUCUUUUGUAUGAAACAGUUAGUUUGGGGCUUGAAGUGGACUGUGUGUGUUUGUCAUGUAUACACAUAAAUAUGCCGUAUUAUAUGGACAACUAAUGUUUGUUUUAUAAGUCUUUUUCAUGGUCUGUGCAUUGUGUGUAGUUGAAAGUGUUUUCUGAAAAGAGAAAUUCUAUUUUUGGCUUUUAAAUAAACUGAAUACCUGAAUCGGU